CUUUCAAGAUUGGGCAGCCCAAGAAACAGAUCAUCCCUAAAACAGUGGAGAGAGACUUUGAAAGGGAGUAUGGAAAACUCCAACAGCUGGAAGACCAGACAAAGAGGCUACAGAAGGAUAUGAAGAAGAGUGCAGAUGCUGACCUGGCCAUGUCAAAAUCUGCCAUGAAAAUAUCCUCGGACUUACUCUCCAAUCCCCUCUGUGAGCAAGACCAGGAAUUCUUGAACAUGGUGACGGCCCUGGACACAGCCAUGAAGCGGAUGGAUGCCUUCAACCAGGAAAAGGUAAACCAGAUCCAAAAGACCGUGAUUGAACCCUUAAAAAAGUUUGGAAGUGUCUUCCCAAGCCUCAACAUGGCAGUGAAACGGCGGGAACAGGCUCUCCAGGACUAUAGGAGAUUGCAGGCCAAAGUGGAGAAGUAUGAGGAAAAGGAGAAGACAGGACCAGUGCUGGCUAAACUGCACCAGGCUCGGGAAGAGCUUCGGCCCGUGCGGGAUGACUUCGAAGCCAAAAACAAGCAGCUGUUGGACGAGAUGCCACGGUUCUACAGCAGCCGACUCACCUACUUCCAGCCUAGUUUUGAGUCCCUGAUCCGAGCCCAGGUUGUAUACUACUCAGAAAUGCAGACAAUCUUUGGAGACCUGACCCAGCAGCUUGACCAGCCAGGCCACAGCGAUGAGCAACGGGAGCGGGAAAAUGAGGCCAGACUGAGCGAGCUCAGAGCCCUCUCUAUUGUGGCUGAUGACUGA